GGAGUCGUUUACCUUCCGAGCGACGAGACGGCCGCUAUGUGCGUAGAUGCGUGAGCGCACCGCAUGUCGAGCAGCGUCGGCCAGAGAGGCGGAGCUCGUGGCGGCGCGCGGACGAUGCCGCGCUGGCUCUGGGCGGCGAUGAUACUCGCGUCGGCCGGCGCCGGCGUCGGCGCCUGGAGACCGCCGGCACAGCCCGUGGUGCUCACGCCGCGCUCGCGCCGCCACGCCAACCACGACGCCACCGCUCACCACCUCCACUUGCUUGGCUGGCGGCUGGAGUUACACGAGAACAAGGCGAUUCGAUCGCCUUUUUACAACGAGUGCUUGUUUUACAAGGGGCGAGUGCUGCAUGAGGCAGGUUCCUCAGCGACGGUGACGGAGUGUGGCGAUCAGCUGUACGGGCUGCUGCAGGUCGGCGGCGAGGAGUUCGUUCUGCAACCGACGCAGUCGGAGGGUGCUCACGUGUUGCGGAGACGGGAUGUGAUGUUGGCUGAGCAUCCGUUCGCGUACAAUCUCACUGACGAUACGGUCGUCGACCUUGAUCUUGACUUCGAUGAAGAUGACGACCCGUGGUGGACUCCGCACGUGCGGCCGCGCAACGCCGCGCGCCCGGAGACGGAGUAUUUUAAUAACGUGCAAGUCGUCAGUAGGCCGGUGUCAGGUGUGAAGGGACUGUGGCUCGAAAUGGCAAUCGUAGCCGACCACACUAUGCUGAAGUUUCACGGGCGAGAGCGAGUAAAGCAUUAUAUCCUAGCUUUAAUGAAUAUUGUCAGUGCCAUAUUCAACGAUCCCUCGUUGAAUUCAAACAUAACGCUCGUAAUCAACAAGCUGUUCCUGAUUGAGGAGAAAGAUUCUAUAAUAAAAUACGGCAACGUGAAGAAAUCUUUGGAAGGUGUGAACAAAUGGAAUUACCGGCAUCUAAUGAAAUUACCUGCAGACAGCACAGGAUGGGACGCUACAGUAUGGUUGACGCGUGCGCAGCUUGGCGGCCCGUCGGGCUUCGCUCCCGUCGGAGGCGUCUGCUCGAAGACCAGGUCAGCAGCAAUCGACAGAGAUGAAGGUCUCACCAGCGCAUUCGUCAUAGCCCAUGAACUCGCGCAUUUGCUAGGGCUAACGCACGAUGGAGAAGAUCAAUGUCAAACAGCAGCUCUCCGAGGCUCAGUGAUGGCUCCUACAGUCCUCGCCACUCUUCACAACUUUGCUUGGUCUAGCUGCUCUAAGGAACAAUUCCAUGAAAAGGCUAAAAAAUGGUGGUGCUUACACGAACGGAGCAGGGAUGAGGGGGUGGUGCUAGGGGGCGCUAAGGAGAUCUCCCACUAUGCCUUCACCAUGGAUGAACAGUGUCGGACGGAGUUUGGCGAAGGGUUCUCAGUAUGCAAGUCGGUGAAGGUGCGGUCGGCGUGUUCGCGGUUAUGGUGCGCUCAUAAAGCCAUGCCCCAUGUGUGCAGAUCCAAGCGAGCACCGCCAUUAGAAGGCACACCUUGCGGCCAUAAUCAGUGGUGUGUAGAUAGAAUUUGCGAACCAAUGCCGGGUCAUGGCGCUGAGAGUAAAGUCGAAGUGGGUGACAGUGAUAAGCCGGAGUGGGGAGAAUGGGGGGCGUGGAGUGAUUGCAGCGCUGAUUGCGGCUACGGGCUUCGUACGCGCAUCCGACGAUGCCGAUACAGGGGGAUGGUAUCAGAGAGCGCGUGCGAGGGCGCGGGGUCCCAGGUGUCGACGUGCUGGGCGGGCGCCGCGUGCGCAGCCACGCGUGACAUCCGAGCCGACUACUGCCACCGCCUGCAGCAUCGGCUCAUACCGCACCUACAUCCUAAUGAUACAAAGCACUGUGAGAUCUGGUGCGUAGAUUACGAAGGAGGCGAGGCUUCUAGUUACGGCGCGCUGCCCGACGGUACAUCGUGCAGUUACGAGAGACCUUACGAUGUCUGUUCUCAGGGCACAUGUGUGAAGGGGCAAUGUAACGCGACCGACCCUGCUUGUAACUGGUGUCCAGAUGGAUAUUGUAAUAACAACACUCAUAUAUACAACAGACAACUUACUAAAGGUUGGACCCGCAUGACAAUGGUGCCGCACGAAGCGAACCAACUUUCCGUCCACAUAUCUACCCCCGUGGCCCUACAGAUAGCCAUCAGGGAGCGCAAAAGGGACAAACCAAUCCUCGAACUGAGCAAACACUCCAAACGAAUUGAAAUAGACAACAAACAGGACAACUAUCUUAAGUACGACCCCAAUGUGCCGCAGAAUCUCCAAAUAAUCGAAGUGGACAGUCAUGUUAUAGACAUUAAGGAGGUUGGCUACCAGUGGGAGGGGGAGGCCGUCGCCGCCGGCACGCUGCUCAAGUGGAAACAGACCGAUACUGACGUCUUUAUAUCGUCCAACUCUCGCCUGCAGACCGACUUAUUGAUAAUGGCAAUCCCGACUCACCCGAGCCUCUCUGAUGAUCCUGUGUCGGUGAAAGUGGCAGUGAACUACAGCACUCCGGCGGGCCGCGCGCGACCUUUGGAAUACAGAUGGUCCACAGAACGGGGUCCUUGCUCGGCGACGUGCGGGGGCGGACUCCGAAUUGUACGGGCACGCUGUCCACGGGACCAAAACUGUCCACCGGCUCGAUAUGAACCUUGUAACACGCACAGUUGUGAAUUCGUAUGGUCGCCAGGAGAGUGGGAAGAAUGCAGCGCUACCUGUGGCGAUGACGGCGUCCAAGAAAGACAACUGUUCUGUGUACCAGCAAACGUUAGUAUAACAUCAUUAAGAGAAGUGAUUAAGAACAGUGUGUCUCCUGCGUUGUGUCCCUCCUCAAGACCAGACAGGCAGCAGGCGUGCAAUCGUGUACACUGCCCAGUAUACUGGAGAGAAUUAGCGUGGACACAGUGUUCAACAACGUGCGGCCGUGGCGUAUCCCGAAGACCUCUAGUGUGUCCAGCAGCAGAUGAAUCCCUCUGUGGUCCGAAGCCCCGCGAGCGACGCCGGCGCUGCCGCCUCCGAAGAUGUCCUCCCGCCCCACGGCCCCUCACCACCUGCCCAACCAGUGACGCCACGCAAUACUGCGAGCUCUUCACCCUCGACCAGCUAAUCAGGAACUGCGUGGUGCCUCCCUUCAGGAAGUACUGCUGCAAUUCUUGCAGAAACGCGGACCGGAGUCGCAGGUUUGGUUAGAAAUUCAGCAUCAGUAGAUCAAGGUCCACAGAUUAUGUACUACAAGCUCUCAGACCAAAUUAAGUGGAACUGUGUGGUCUGUCUUAUAGUACUGCAAAACGAAGAGGAUUGAGUUUCACACAGGUUGGAUUGAGAAUGCAUAUGAUUUGUGUGAAGAAUAGGUAGAGGUGAUUGACGGACAGCCAAAGAUAAAUAAAACUAUAAAUGCAAAUCAUGACCAAUUUAAUGAGAUUACUGUAUUGCAAUUACGUGCCAAGGGAUAAUUGCAUAAGUUAUCUAGGUACGCAUAGAUCUUAUUAUGUUUUUUACCUCAAUUUCCUUACUACUAUGUUAUUUCUUUCAAACAUAAGCUAAAUCUUUACUGCCACUACGAUUUUAGUUUUGAUGUAUAUUUAACCAAUCUAACAGUCAUCUCUAUUUAGUCUUUAUUUGAUUGGUUUCUUGCUUUAGAGUGGUGCGUAAGAGAUUCCAUGUCAAUGUAAUCAGUAUUUUAGAACACUGUUGUUUUUUUCAUAUUUAUAAGUAGAUAUAAGUUUAUACAGAAUUACUCCUUAUUUUAUAGUAAAUACGGAACUAGGUGCCAUAAUAUGUUGUACUACUUCCAACAUAAUAAAUGUGCUAUUCUUGUAAAA